AUGGAGAUUAAGUUUUUGGAGCUUAAGCAGGAGAACAUGAGUGUGGUAGAUUAUGAGGUUCGUUUCACUGAAUUUGCAAGGUUCGUUCCGGAUUAUGUUGAUAUGGACGAAAAGAGGGCUAAAAGAUUUCAGCAAGGGCUGAAGGAUUGGAUUCGGAGUAGGGUGGCCAUGUUUGAAAUGACUUUGUAUGUUUCUAUAGUUCAGAAGGCCGUGAUCAUUGAAAGUGCAAGUGAGAUGUCCCAGAAAAAUAGAGAUGCAAAGAAGAAAAAGGUGGAGACUUCAGAAAGGAGUCAGAAGCAAGGAAACUUCCAGGGCCAUUUUAACAGAAGGCCGGAGUUUCAACCGAAUCGGAAUAUUGGAUUCAGGAGACCACCAAUGGGAAAUGGAGGUCAGAAAAAUCAGUACCGUAAUCAAGGUUUGCAAAGAUUUAAUCAUCCACCAAUGCUAGUUUGUAGAACCUGUGGGGGAAAACAUUUUGGAAGUUGUAGGAGCAAUGUGGAAUGCUAUAAAUGCCACCAGAAGGGACACUAUGCAUCAGAAUGUGCUAACAAGGCUCCAGAGCUCAAACAAGGAUUUGCAUGUUUUAAAUGUCGAAAGCCGGGCCAUAUGGUCAAGGAUUACCCAACACCUGGGCUAAUGGGAAACUUUGCAAGGAUUUCGGGUCCUCCAACUCAGAACGUGCCAAGGAUAGCUGGACCAUCUAAUCAGAACCAAUCAAAAGCCCGAACCUUCAUCAUGACUAUAAAGGAUACAGUGCAGAGUUCGGACAUGGUUGCAGGUACGCUUCCCGUGAACUCCAUAAAUGCUAAAGUAUUAAUUGAUUCUGGAGCUACAAGAUCUUUUGUUUCUAAGGAUAUUAUUGAUAAAUUGAAUUGUGGAGUUCGACCCUUAGAACAAUCUUUAGAAAUUGAGUUAGCUAAUAAGGAUCGAGUUGUGGUCGAUCAGAUAUGUCCAGGGUGCGACAUUAUUAUACCAGGACUUCAUUUUUCUACCAACUUAAUACCUUUUAAGUUAGGCGAAUUUGACGUCAUUCUAGCCAAGAGAUUGUUACGCCAGAGUUACGAGGCCUACUUGGCUAAUGUCAUAGAUAACCAAGAAGUUCCACCUAUAGAAGCCAUUCCAGUAGUUAAUGAGUUUCCAAAUGUCUUUCCAGAUGAAUUACCAGGAUUACCUCCAGACAGAGAGGUCCAAUUUGCUAUUGAUCUAGCACUAGGAACCGAACCAGUAUCAGAGGCACCUUAUAGAAUGGCCCCCGUGGAAAUGAAAAAACUAGCAACUCAACCUCAAGAUCUUUUGGAGAAAGGAGUCAUAAGACCAAGUAUAUCCCCGUGGGGCGCACCAGUAUUAUUUGUUAAGAAGAAGGAUGGUAGCAUGAGGCUGUGUAUCGAUUAUCGCGUGCUCAACAAGUUGACUCUCAUUACCAAGAAUUGA